GUUGCAAUUUACCCAGCAAAUCCGAUCGAAAGAUCGCGAUAGGCAGCGACAGCGAUUCAUUUUCGCAGUUCUGGGGAGAAACAUGAACUGGGCGUUUUAUCGAUACACGGCGGAUUGAGCUUUUUUGACAUCACACAGCAGCUAAUGGACAGUUAUGUGUCGCCUUCCAGUCAUGGAACAAAGAGGAAGCACAGUAUGGAGGGAGCUAUGGUUUUGCUUCACCUUCGUCUUUGUUUUGGAUAUUUUAUGCAACGGAGCUUCUGCACAGAUCAGAUAUUCCAUAUCGGAGGAGGUUCAACGGGAAUCCGUCGUCGGGAACAUAGCUAAGGACUUGGGGCUGGAUAAGAGUGCACUCAAAGAUAGAAGGUAUCGCAUUGUUUCAGGCUCAGCUGAACCUCUCUUUUUAGUGAAUCAAGACGAUGGUAUAUUGUAUGUGAAACGAGGAAUAGACAGAGAGGAGGUGUGCGAAAGGACCAGUCCAUGUUUGAUCAAUCUGAAAACCGUGCUAGAAAACCCACUUGAGAUCCACUAUGUGGUAGUGGAAGUACUUGAUAUAAAUGACCACGCGCCGGUUUUUCCAGAGAAAGAAAAAAGGCUUGAGAUUUCAGAGUCGGCCCUAAUGGGAGCGAGAUUUCAAUUACAGGCUGCGCACGAUGAAGACGUGGGGCCGUUCACAAUUCAGCAAUACAGACUAAGCCAUAACGAAUAUUUUAGAUUAGAAGUCAAGGACAGAGGUGAGGACCGUAAAGUACCAUUUUUAGUCCUGCAGAAGCAGUUGGAUAGAGAAACAGUCGGGAAACUUAAGCUUCGUCUAACAGCCGUUGAUGGAGGUAAACCGGUGAAGUCUGGCAACAUAGAUAUUAUUGUGAUUGUGCUGGAUGUUAAUGACAACUCCCCGGUGUUCACCAACGAGAUUUAUUCUUCCACACUUAAGGAAAACUCCCCGGCGGGCACUGUGGUGAUUCGGGUAAAUGCAACAGAUUUGGACAUGGGUGCAAAUAGCGAAAUAGUAUAUUCAUUUGGUCACGAGGUUGAUUCAAAAGUGAUGGAUGUUUUUAGUAUUGACUCAAACACCGGUGAAAUAAAGGUAACUGGUCAAAUCGAUUUUGAGCAAAGUAAAAGUUAUGAAAUUGACAUUCAGGCGUCUGAUAAGGGGCAAGUUCCUUUAACAGCUGACAAAAGUGUUAUGAUUACCAUUAUUGAUAUAAAUGAUAAUGCACCUGUGAUCGAAUUGACGUCAUUUUCUAGCUCUAUCAAGGAAGAUUCAAAGUUAGGAACCACGGUGGCCCUGAUUAGUGUCAGUGAUUUAGAUUACGGAGUCAAUGGAAAAGUCAUUUGCACGAUCAAAGAAAAAGUGCCGUUUGCGUUAGUCCCCUCAUUGCAAGAAAACAUGUACGCUAUUGUCACUAGAUCGCAAUUGGACAGGGAAAACGUUUCACAAUUUGAUGUCACAAUUAUUGCGAAGGAUUCAGGGGAUCCGAUUUUUUCAACUGAAAAGGCGAUAAGCGUCGUAAUAUCAGAUGUCAAUGACAAUAUUCCAGAGUUUUCUUUAAACCCCUAUGUCAUUUAUAUCACAGAGAAUAACAUCCCGGGAGCCUCGGUCUUUGCAGUAAAAGCAUUCGAUUGUGAUGAAAGUGAAAACGCUGUUAUUUCAUAUCGUAUUCCGAGGGAAGCAAGCGGGGAUAAUAAAUUCAGCUCAUUUUUAAAUAUUAACUCAGAAAAUGGAGAUAUUUUGGCCCUUAAAAGCUUUGACUUUGAAACCCUGAAAACGUUCCAGUUCCAAGUUGUCGCCACAGAUUCUGGGACUCCGUCACUGAGCAGCAACGUCACGGUGCACGUGUUCAUUCUGGAUCAGAACGACAACGCUCCAAUCAUCUUGUAUCCUCUCAGCUCUAACGGUUCUGCUGAAGGUGUGGAGGAGAUUCCCCGCAAUGUGAACGCAGGACACUUGGUGACUAAAGUCAGAGCCUAUGACGCUGAUAUAGGAUAUAACGGCUGGUUACUGUUUUCACUGCAGGAAGUUACUGACCACAGUCUCUUUGGGUUGGACCGCUAUACAGGACAGAUCAGAACACUUCGCUCGUUCACAGAGACGGACGAGGCUGAGCAUAAACUGGUCAUACUGGUGAAAGACAACGGGAACGUUUCACUCUCAGCAACAGCUACUGUGAUUGUCAAAGUUGUGGAGCCUAAAGAGGCUUUUGCUGCUUCGGAUGUUAAAAGUGCAACAAAUGACGAGGCGGAUAAUAACGUGACUUUUUACCUGAUGAUAACUUUGGGCUCAGUUUCAACACUUUUCUCAUCAGUAUCAUCGUGCUGAUUGCAAUGCAGUGCUCUAAAUCCACAGAGUAUACUUCUAAAUAUCUCCAAGAGACUAAUUACGACGGGACACUGUGUCACAGCAUCCAGUACAGAUCUGGAGAGAAGC